AUGAAGCUCGUUGUGCUCGCCUCGCUCCUUACCGCUGCGCUUACCGCACCCCUUCCCAGCCCCGACCAGGCCGCUCCCCAGGGCACUCCUCAGGGCACUCCUCAGGGCACUCCUCAGGGCACUCCUCAGGGCACUCCUCAGGGCACUCCCCCAGCCAGCUUCAUCCCCCCUAUCAACGCCAACGGCAACACCAUCACCGUCCCCGUCAACGUCCUCGGUCUCCAGACCAAGGACAACUCCUUCCUCAACGGAAACUCGGCUUCCAACGGACAGCGGAAUGGAGGCGCCGGCAGUUCGGUCACUGGCAACGGCGUGCCGGUCAACAACAACGCCGCGCCCGUCAACACCAACGGGGCACCGGUCAAUACGAAUGCAGUGCCGGUCAACACCAACGGGGCACCUGUCAACGCCAACGCUGCCCCCGUGAAUACCAACUCCACCCCCGUCCAGGGCAGCGUCCCCGUCGCUGCACCGCCGCCAGCGUCGGCCGGUGUGCCUGACGUGCAGGCCCUCACGCAGGCCCUUAACGGCAUGACGGCGGCGUUGAACGGCAUGACUGGAUCCAUCAUGGCGGAAAGGGGUGGCCGCACCCAGUAG